CUUUCUCUUCCGUUUCCGGCCACCGUCCUCGGGGUGCGUGCUGAGGCGAGCCGAGCGGUCCUUGAAGGGAAAAAGGGAGCGUCUUCAGUCAAGCGAUUCCGGGCGUCAUGGGGGCCAGCGGGGAAGAGGCUGCCGACAACGAGGAGCGAUUCGACGGCAUGUUGCUCGCCAUGGCCCAGCAGCACCAGGGCGGCGUGCGUGAGCUUGUGAAUACCUUUUUCAGUUUCCUGAGACGCAAAACUGAUUUCUUUGUGGGGGGAGAAGAAGGCGCUGCUGAGAAGUUAAUCACAGAAACUUUCAGUCGCCACAACAAACUUGCUCUGAAAGCCCAGAAAGAGAAGAAAGCUCGUCAAGAAGCAGAACAGCGGGAAAAAGCGGAACAAGCCGCCAAACUUGCCAAAGAAACUAAACAGGAAGACAGUGAGCCAAGGAUUAAGGAGCUGACAGAUGAGGAGGCAGAAAGAUUGCAACUGGAAAUAGACCAGAAGAAAGAGAAGAAAGAAAAUGAUGCAAUGAACAUACCAGUCAAGUCUGCUGAAAAUCAAGUGGAAUCUUCCGAAUCCAGCAAGCAAGAUACCGAUGAAGAAGAGGAAGAUGAGAAGGAUAAAGGCAAACUUAAGCCAAACUCUGGAAAUGGAGCAGACCUGCCAAACUACAGAUGGACGCAAACUCUUUCUGAACUGGAUUUGGCCAUCCCAUUCAAGGUGAGCUUCAGACUGAAGGGAAAAGAUAUGGUGGUUGAUAUACAGAGGCGUCAUCUGAAGGUGGGCUUAAAAGGCCAUCCCCCCAUGAUCGAUGGAGACCUGUACAAUGAGGUGAAGGUGGAGGAGAGCUCAUGGCUGAUUGAGGAUGGAAAAAUAGUCACAGUGCACUUGGAAAAGAUCAACAAGAUGGAAUGGUGGAACAAGUUAGUCCAAACAGACCCAGAGAUUAACACCAAGAAAAUUAACCCUGAGAAUUCAAAAUUAUCAGACUUGGAUAGCGAAACGCGUAGCAUGGUUGAGAAAAUGAUGUAUGAUCAGCGGCAGAAAUCAAUGGGGCUUCCCACAUCGGACGAGCAAAAGAAGCAGGACAUACUGAAAAAGUUCAUGGAACAGCAUCCAGAAAUGGAUUUUUCAAAAGCAAAAUUCAACUAAUACAAUUUCCCCUAUUUUUUUUCUCUCCUUUCCUGACAAACAUUCAAAAUUUAAAGAGCAAGAGAUACCUUUCGGACAAUGCAUAUACUCACUCCGUUUUGGGGUUAAAAAGUAAUUGUACUAGUAACUCCAUAUAGAAUACUGCUUAGACUUCUGGAUUUUCAACAGCAGCAUCAGUUAUCAGAAGUCUGUCCUUCAUCUUUGUAAGGCAAUAUUUUAGGGAGAUGAAGGAUUAAAAUAAAUGGGAGCUCUAUUACACAAUAAUUGUUUUCCCUUGGGCUUCUCUUAGUUUUGGAAAAUCUGGGAAGGUAUCAUUUAAAAAAAAAUUUUUUUAAAAAAAUCUGGAGUUGAUAUCCAUCCUUGAUCAUACUCUUGCUCCUAAAUAAAGAGCUGGAAGUCCUACCUUCAAAAUAACGUCACUCCUUUGUUUCAAAAACCAAGCAACCAUUAUACAGAUAUAACUCUGCAUAACAACUGGGAACGGCUUCAAAAUCAAUCAAAGCACUGACAAUCUUUAAAUCUCUUUGGGAUAUUCCCUUUGAGCCAUCACUCCAAGGUGUAGCAGUGCAAGAGUGUGUGUUCUGGGUAGAUACAGGCUGCUAUUUAGAGGUUACAGUUAGGAGCAGCUUCAUCACAGAUCCAUGUAUCUGACACUAAUUACUAUUUGUUACUUUCAGAAUUAACAUGGCAAUCAUAAGUAGUGAAACCUGGAGUACAUUUGUCCAGAAUUUGGGAUAGAUUGCAAGAAUGCUCAGAUCUUUUAACGUGAUACGCUGGUUUUAUUUUCGUUCCUGUCAAUGUUAUUGUCCUUCACUGUUUCCCCAAGCCAUUUUGUAACUUAUCUCAGAGCUUUGAUGGGAAUAGACUCCAAGGUUUAGGAAGCUACAAAAUGCUUCAUUGUUUCUGUUGCAAUGUUGAAGUUGGGGAGUUUCAAAUCCAGUCCGCAUCCAAGGAAAAUUAGGGUUAUUAUAUCACUGAUUCCACCAAGGAAUCUAAGGAGUUAUGCUCGUUUUAAGUCAAUCUCAUGAAUGACAUGAGAAAAUGAGAUGUCAACAAUAACUCAGGCUCUUUGGCUGUUAAAGGGAACGAAAUGAAGAAGCAGCAGGUCCCUGGAUUGCUGAAAAUGAGCUGUCCACCUUGUCAGAUCUGGUUUUUCCAGAAUUGGACAUGUCAGUCAAGAACAUUUUGUUCUGUUUCCUUGCUUACAAAUAGCUCUUAUUGUGCAUGCACGAUUAAAAAGGUGAUGCUUUCAUGCAUUGUGAAACUCAUGAUUAUCAGGGUACCCAGGAGCAAGCUAUCCAAGACGAUUGGCAGCUCUAAAUAAACUCUUCUGUACCUUU